CCGGUGGGGGGUGGCCGGGGGGGGGUGAAAAAGUCCCAGUCCAGCCAGUGCUGAGUAAGACUAAUUCUAAUAACUAACUAGUAAUUCUAUUUCAAGAGCUGGUUACUUAGCUAGCUUACACUAGGAACACAGGACUAAUAUGGAUCCCGGGUGGGGCAAUGACCAAGCAUGGAAGCAAACAACAACCAACAGGGCAGUCACAAACUAACAAUCCAACAUCCGACUUUCCACUUGAACCACUUUCUCUUUUCAAUCAAUCAACUAACCAAGCCAUUCUAGUCAACGGCACCGGGCCACAGGGCACGACGCUGAGGGACUGCCAGCCCACUUUGACCCGUGGUAUGUUCCAGGUUCCAAAGCAGAAACUUUCAGAAAUUCAGAGACUUCUUCCGGUCCCUGAGAAUCAACUGCCCGCGCCUUUAAUGAAUGGUCAGUGUUACAGUGAGGUGGGGCGGGCGAGUCGCGGGAUGCCGAGUGAUGGAACUUCCUUUCCAUCUUUCCCACACAAUCACACCCUGUCCCCUCAACCCCCACCCCACAGGAACCCGAUCGAAAAUCUGCACUUGCUGUUCCUUCCGUACCUUGCGACGCGACUGCGUGCGUAUGUAUGUAUGCACGGUUGCCCACUGUCACUCUUUCCCAGGAGGACUGCGUACUAAGUCUACCGGGGGGCGAAAGAGGCAGCACUAUUCUCAAUCUUGCGCGCACUCACGAUAACCGAUAUACAAUAAUAGCGCAGUGGCAAAUAGCUUGAAUUGCAGA